AAGCCGUGCAAAGACUUUCGUGCUUCGGGUGAUUGUGUGGUGUUAUUUUUGUGUAGAAAAGUUAAAGAUUAAUUAAAAUAAACAAUGCCGCUGGAAAAUCUCGAAGAGGAGGGUCUGGAGAAGAACCCAAAACUCGAGCUCGCCCAGACAAAGUAUUUACUCAGUCUACCUGAGCACAAAAACGACACGGCCCUCAAGACCAAGCUGCUCGUUAUCAUCAAAACCGAAAACAUGGCUCCGUUCUACGAAGAAGUCUGUCGUGACCUUGAUUGGGAAGUAGAUGAGGCACUGUUAGCCCAAAUGAAGGCAAAGAACGAGGAGCAGUUGAAGGAGCUCGACCGUAUUAUCGAAGAUGCUGAUCAAAAUUUGGGAGAGAUGGAAGUUAGAGAAGCCAAUCUAAAGAAAGCUGAACAUCUUUGCAGGAUCGGCGACAAGGAAGGAGCACUGACUGCUUUCAAAAAGACUUAUGACAAGACAGUAUCUCUAGGUCACAGGCUAGAUAUCGUUUUUCAUAUCAUCAGAAUUGGGCUGUUUUACCUGGAUCAUGAUCUUAUCAUAAAGAAUAUCGAAAAGGCUGAAUCAUUAAUAGAAGAAGGAGGCGACUGGGACAGGAGGAACAGACUGAAAGUCUACCAAGGAACUUAUUGCAUUACAGUUCGUGACUUUAAAAAGGCAGCCAACUUCUUCCUCGACACUAUCAGCACGUUCACAAGUUAUGAGCUUAUGGAUUACAAUACCUUUGUUAGAUACACAGUUUACUUGAGUAUGAUUAGUUUGCCACGUAAUGAACUUCGCGACAAAAUUAUCAAAGGCUCCGAGAUUUUGGAAGUAUUGCACAGUAAUUCUGAUUGCAAGGAAUACUUGUUUGCCUUGUAUAACUGUCACUAUGCUGACUUCUUUAAAAAUCUUGCGCAUGUGGAAAGUUUGUUGCGUCGAGAUUUCCUCAUAUACCCGCAUUACAGAUACUAUGUAAGAGAAAUGAGGAUUCUUGCUUACACUCAGCUUCUUGAGUCAUACAGAUCACUUACUCUUCAGUACAUGGCAGAAGCUUUUGGAGUGACGGUUGACUAUGUUGACCAGGAAUUAUCUCGUUUCAUUGCAGCUGGUAGAUUGCACUGUAAGGUGGACAGAGUUGGUGGAGUCGUGGAAACCAACAGACCAGACAGUAAAAACUGGCAGUACCAAGCUAUGGUCAAGCAGGGCGAUCUACUACUUAACAGAGUGCAAAAAUUAUCUCGUGUUAUUAAUAUUUAAACACUCGACAUUUCUACGAAAAUAUUUUUCAAAUGUACUUGAUUUCAUGCAAGAGUCGAUAUUUUUGUUUUGUUUUUUUUUUUUACUAACGUGGAUUUCUCUUGUGAUAAAUAUCAUCUCAAUGAAUUAUCGAAGAAAUGAGUGUGGGUAUAUCAACAACAAUGUCAAUAUCAAAUGUGAUUUUGAUAUGAAAAAAAGUAUACUGAUAACUAACCAAAUAAGAUACUUUUUACACCAAUAGCUGUCCAUUCAAGAUUUUCUGUU